AUGGAGGGCACGCUGGAAAUCAUCGGGGAGGGAAACAAAAUGAUAGUACUGAAACAGACAAGUGGGGUGAAAAGCAGAACUCCUUUUAAUAACAGCAGGGGUGUUGUGAAGUCGGGAAGGACACCCUCUAGAGGGACCCUCUCGCCAGACGCGUAUUUCCAUAUCUUGAGAUACAUCCAUUUCUACAGCUACAUAUUUUUAAAAAACUCAGUGAUAAAAGUUGUGAAGGAAAGUGAAGUAAAAAAUAUUAACAUCACUUUGCAAUAUUAUUGGCUAAAUAAAAUAUGCUACAGGGGAGUGAAGAUUUUUGAAAACAACUUGCUUGUUCAUAACAAUUUUGUUGUGUUUGAUUCUCAAUUUAGCGACUUUGUGAGGGACUCACUGGAAUGGUACUCACGUGGCAACACCUUGGCUAGUAGAGUUAUCAACAGAACUAAUUACUUCCUCUUUGAUGGAAUAGAAAAAAUCAGAACGUAUUUACUCAAACAUUACAACAAAUUUUUAGCCUACUUGAAAGAAAAUUCGGAUCAUAUUGUACAGGACAUUUGGAGAGAUAUGAAAGCAUUUAUUAACGAUACAACGGAUGAGAAGAAAUUGCAACAUGUGAAAAAGCACAUCGUUUCCUAUUUGAAGCAAAUUAAUUACAAAGUUAUUUUCCCACAGGUGUUGAAGUGUUUUGAGAUAUAUAUCAAACGGCUAAAGCAUUUUGAACGAUUGAAAAAAAAAAAAUUACUUCCACUGGUAAGGUCAUAUUUAAGGCAAUUUUCGACUCGCAUAAUUUUAUUUAUCGUAACAAGUCUAAGAAAAAAUCGUAUUGGGUAUGUAGAAGAGAAUUUAUUUGCCAUUCCUUCCUUUUUGCUUCCACGCGGUGGUCAUGUAAACACGGGGGAGGCACUGUUGGGUCUUCCAGAAGAUUCCGCAAUGGGAGGCGCGAGUGAACUAAGGCCUGACAUCAAUUUCUCAGACCUGUAUAUAAGCGUCGAACUAAAGUUGAAGUGCGGAAUGGAGGAUUACAGUGACAUGUUGGACAGAUACAACAUACAACAGUUAAUAAAGCAGAGGAAGAAGCAGUCUAAAUUUUUGUCCCUCUACGUGCCUAGCAAUUUUUUCCAGCUGAAUUAUUGGGAGAUAUUUAGGAAUUUAAAUUUCGUUUUUCUAUCUCAUAGCAAUAAUGUCAAGCUGUACGUGAAUGGUAGGAGGAGGAUGGACAUGGCGCUGCACUCGGUGGAUCACUUAAGACAUUUGUUUUACAACGACCCGCUUGGUCCGUUCAGUGGGGGGAAGGACUCCCAGGGGAAGCUCUACUUGGCCCACCUGAACAGUCAGCGGAGCGGUAAAAGUGUGCUGCCUUGUGGAGACACGGGAGGAGCGGCGCACAUGGGAGGAGCGGCACACACGGGAGAGGCGGCGAACACGGAAGGGUGUUCUCCUGAGGGGGAGGCCACGAUGAACGAUUACAUAAACCAGCUGAACCAAAUACAAAUGAAAAUGUCGUGGAAGUACGCCUGUAGGUACAACAUUUUGGACUACUGCCAUAGGGUUAGCCAAGACGCCAUCCUGGAAGGGGGAAUCUGCGGUUUGCUGGCGAAGUGCGCCCAUGAGAGGGAGCCAUUCUUGAAAUGGCCCCACAAAAGAAGCCGCUCAUAUUCGGGUCACCCCUACACCAACUACGCCUACCGAAACUACAUUUUCAGCAACAACUUCUUCUUCAAGUACGUCAUUCCGUGCACGUGUCAGGAUCUGCGAAGGGUCCUGUUGAGUCUUAAGAAGGGGGACUAUUGCAUGUGCCUCAAAAAAUUGGUUGCCAUCUUCGACACUUACAAGGAUAUUUACUACCUCAAUUUGAUCGCCCUGCUGAAGAACGCAGCGCAUAUGAUUUGCGAGCGAUGCGCCAUAAUAGCCCCAAGGUGCCUCCAUGACAAUCCUUUGCUACCGAUUAAAAGAAAGGACAAUCCUCUUUGGAACAUCAAUUUGGCAGGGCGUGAGGAGCACGAGGGAGGAGAAGGCUCCUCUAAUAGUACCCGCCACCAUAGGAACCAACGAGGGAACCGUACCAUCUCCUUUAUUCUUCCAAGUGAUAAAAAAUGCCCCUUCAGCGAGUGGAAAAGGGAGUUACUCCUCUUCCUCAAGGGAGCACAAACUGACAGGACGAAAUGGAAAAAAUUAUUGAACAUGAGAUUCAGCCAGCUCAGGGAACGAUACAGCGAAAUGAGUGACACGUACAACAGUAUGUUGAAGAAGUUACAGGAGGAAUACCUUACCAUGUUCAUGCAAAAAUUGGGUGUACAAAAAAAAACGUGGAGCGAAAUGCGUAGUAAGGUUGAAGAAAAUUUCAUUCAUAGAGUGAAGAACGACUUUGUGUACCUCUACGAUCGGAAGGUAAAAACAAAUUAUUACUAUAACUGCUUUAUUACGAAUCAGUUUAACCUCACAGUAAAGCUGUACUUCCAGCAAUGCCAGUACCUCCUCGCAGGAUUACUCAAGCAUAUGAAAGAUAUGUGUAGAGAAAAAGGGUAUGAAGAGCGGGUCAGCAAAACGAUUGCUUAUCUGCAGGGGAGAGUGAAAAAGGCACUCUUGAAUUACACUUCAAAAUAUGAGGGUAACUUUGAAAUAGGGAAUAUUUCCCAUUUUAGAGAACAGCAAGGUGUAAAUACCAAGCUGAUAAAUUACAUCCUUUUUCGUAAAAAUGAAUUGCACACAGAGAGAGGUAUCAACCAGAUGAAGGGAAAAAAGGAAAGGCUAGUUAUGUUAACAAAUAUCAUAGAGAAGGAAAAAUUUUUAUUUUAUAAACUCCUUUACUUCCACUGCUUCAGUGCUGGGCAAAUUCAAAUUGUGCACUGCAUGCUCCUUUUGAUCAAAAUAUUUGAGAAGUUAUUUUUUUUAAAAAAAAGUGAAGAUAUUUUUUCCAGCUUUUCUUACUACCAUUCAAGCAUAGAGAAUUUCAUCUCCCCGGAGAGGAAAAACAGCUAUAUUGCAAGGAAUAGGCACUUGUCCCGUUUUAUUGACUUCAAGCGAGUCAGACGCAUCUCCCAGUAUGUGUUAAGCAGCGGUGAGGGGGAGAGUCAGGUAACAAACACACAGGUGAAUAAACGGAGGAAAACACCCAAACAUGCCGCCUUUACGUAUCUACAAAACACACACUUCCUCCUGGGAAACGAACUCCUCAUCGAUGCCAUAAGAACAGUAAACAAGUUCUCCAAAUCAAAGCUGACUUAUCUCCAAAGCGAAAUGAAAAAUCGUACACGCAAAUUAUACUAUGGACUAUACCGUAAUGUAAAUCAGUAUGGUAAAAAAUACACACCUAUGUAUAAGCCUAGCUUGAGAAGGAAGGUGAACAGAAGGAAAUUAAUUGGACGCAUGUUAAGCAGCAGUACUUUGAUUACCAUGGAUCAUUUUAAUUAUCUAACUAGUGAGUCAUUUAAGUCUAAAUUGGACAGCAACAGAAUUGUAGUGAAUCGGAAGAGGGACAUUCCGAAGAAGGCCUUGAGGAUUUACAAAAAUAUGAUUUUUUUCGUUUGCCGCUUUUUAAUAAGUAGGACUCUGUGUGAUAAUAGCACCAUUUUUAAUAUUUACGCGAAGGAAGACAAUAGGUAUGACGAUGCGGAAGUGCUGCAACGGUUGGAAGCCAAUCGAUUCAAACCACUAAUUGUGAAGCGAAGGGGUAGAAGCCGACGAGCACGCGGAGUAUCUAGCGUGACGUACGCCAACGGUGUGAACCACCAGGAUGGUAACGCCAUUCAGGGGGGAAAUGAAGCGGAUGGAGAUCAGCAGAGUGGCACCCCUACCGUACUGUAUGCCAAAAGGAAGAACAAAAAAUAUAUCCCUACGAAGAGGUUCACAUAUUAUGCAUAUCCACUCAGACGUACCCAUCUCCGAAGGGAAAAAAAAAGAUGCAGCAGAGAGGAUAACAGGGAAUUUCAAAAAGUGGUGGAGAAUGCCUUUGUGCCUCGGGGGAGUAAGAAAAUAUUUUACCGCAUUAGUUUGAUUGACUUAUCCAUGAAGUCGCUAAGUAAAAUGAGUUACUGGGAGAAGCAGAUGUGCCAGAUAAUCUCCCUCUACAAGACGCUAUGUGAGCAUUAG